AUGCACUCCAGCGCCGUCUUCUGCUGCGCGCUGCUGGCGACCGCGCUGGCAGCAGCAGCAGCGCCUCUAGCUGUCAACACACCCCAGCAGCAGCAGCAGCAGCAGCAGCAGCAGCAGCAGCAGCAGCAGCAGCAGCAAGUUGCAGCAGCAGCAGUUUCCAGCAGCGGGGGGGAGUCCGCAGCUGGGGCCCCCCCCAGGGGGGGCCCCCAGGGGGGCCCCCAGGGGGACUUGGGGGCCCCUGAAGGCUCUCCUCAGGGGGCCCCCGCCUCUGCUGCUGCUGCUGCAGAGCAGCAAGGGGAGCCCGCAGCAGCAGCAGCAGCAGCACCAGCAGCAGCAGCAGCAGCAGCACCAGCAGCAGCAGCAGCAGCAGCAGCAGCAAGGGAAGGGGGGCUCUCAGUGGCUGAGAGAGCGUGUGCACCCCUUACGGGUGUUUGUGUUCGCCCGGGUGGGAGGGUUUUGACUGCAGCAGCAGCAGCAGCUGCAGCAGCAGCAGCAGCUGCAGCAGCAACGGGGUUUGCGUAA